CCAUCAAAUACUGAAACAUUUGGCUUAAUUCAAGAAGAAUUACAGCAUAAUUUAUAUCACUUAAUCGUACAAGCAAUCUUAUGGAAUCAAACAAGAGGUAAACAAGCCAGACCGAUUCUCAAUAAAAUACUAUCAUUAUAUCCAACUCCGGGCAAAUUAGCAUAUGCAGACGAAAGCUUUUUAACAGACAUACUCUCACCCAUCGGACUACAUAAACAACGGGCAAAACGGUUGAUCGCAAUGGCACAAGAAUGGCAAAGAGUGCCACCUAAACCCAAUCAACUAUUUAAAGCACGAGCUCCCGGUUAUGAAAGCGGAAGUGACCCUGCAAAUCCAGGCUGGGAGAUCGCACAUCUUCCUGGCGUAGGCCCUUACGCUCUGGACUCAUUUCGAAUAUUUCACAGAGAUCAGCUCCUUGGCUUAUCCAAAGGUUGGCAAGCAGAUCCCAACCAGGACGCCGCCUUUGAACCGGAAUGGAAGCGGGUUGUACCGUUGGACAAAGAUCUUCGUGCUUUCCUUCGAUGGGCUUGGCAGAAAGAAGGGUAUGAAUGGGAUCCACUCACAGGU